AUGACGGCUGUUAAAAAUGGUUUUAGUGUUACCGGCCACAAACAAACCUUAACUUUGGAUUGGAAAAGUAUCAUAAAAAAAUGUGAUGAUUUUUCUGGUCCAGUUAAUGGUUUUGUGUUUGCUGAUUUUAACUCUAUCAUCGAACAGAAAUGCCCAAGAGACUCAUUUUUUGAUGUUAUUGGGCAAAUUGUCUCAUUCAGGCCACUUGAGACAAGAAAUCGUAAUCCAUCAAGGCAUUACAUAAAGAUGACUAUUAGCAACUUACAGUAUGUACACCUCAAUGUCACUAUAUUUGGAAGUCAGGCACACCAAAUGUCACAGUACCUAAAAAGUAACACCACGGUUACUUGUGUUGUUAUAGUGAUGCAGUUAGUGAAACUUAACGUUUGGGAUGGAAUUGGUCAAGCCCAAAGUCAUUUUGAUGAAUUGGUCAAGCCCAAAGUCUACACCGUUGUCAAACUUACAGAAGAUGUGUCCAUUGUUUCUGAAUUGGAAAGUAAACUAGAGCUUAUGAGUGUUCAAUCAGUGUCUUUAAAUGAAUUACCCCUGGAAUCAGAUGAUGUUAUUCAGAAUGUUCAAAAGGAUGUCAUAUCACAAACGGAUGAGAGUUUUACUCCCUCAACAGCUGAUAAAUCAACCGCAACAAGUCCAAUGAAAAUAUAUGGUGAUUUGAAGCGCAACCUCCACGACGUUUAUGAUGUUGAUGGUGGAGGUGAUUUGAGUUCAACAAAAUCUAAAAGACUAUCAAUGGGAGACGGAAAUCCACUUUUAGUUCCAAAAGUGGAAAAUUUUCAUAAGUUGUUGUUCUUUGUAGAUUUGUCAAACAACAUUGUUCCUCAAACUGAAAAUGUCAAUUCAUUUAAUUCGCCAAGAAUCCAAAAUACAACCGUACAAUACUCUCAUUCCUUUACAGAUGUUAGAACUCCGUUAUCUAACAUUACAAAUGUUAGAAAUCCGUUAUCAAACAUUACAAAUGAUAACAUCGGUUUCGAUAAAUAUGUCACUUCCAAGUUACCAGACAAAAGACAGUACUAUGUACUUUCAAAUGAUAUGACAUCGAAAAAUGCAUCUACAAUAAGUGCUUCUUCGUCAUCAAUCAAGUUAAAUUCAGGAUGUCAUAAAUUAAAAAGGAAGACGACACAUUUAUCACCUAUCCCGUUGAUUGAUUUGACUGAAAAUGUAGAAAAUAUCGAUCAACUCAUAAAUGAAAACUUGAUACUUGGUAUUUCAAAUGAAUAUUUGGAUCGCGGUGAUCAAAAUGUUGUAUGUCAAACAUGUCAUGCAAAGUUAUGGAGAAAUGAAUCCAUCAGAGGUAAAGAAAAAGGGAACACAGAUUAUUCUUUAUGUUGUGGUUACGGCAAAGUGCAACUUCCAGAUUUAAAGAAAGCACCCCCCGGUUAUGAAAGAAUGUUUCGAAAUAUGGAUUCUAAAAGCAAAAUUUUCAUGAAAAACAUUAGACGUUACAAUUCAAUGUUUUCUUUUACAUCGAUGGGUGGUAAAAUUGAUUCUUCAAUCAAUAGAGGAAACGCUCCUUACAUUUUCAGACUGGGUGGUCAAAAUUAUCAUAGUAUUGGAAGCCUAAUACCAGCAAAAGGAUCGUUACCAAAAUUCUCUCAGUUAUACAUUUAUGAUACUGAGAACGAAAUUUCAAAUAGACAAAGAUGCUUUGGUGGAGAAAAAGAUCAAUCAACGACAAUUGAUAGUGAUAUUAUUCAAGAUAUUAAGGUGAUGUUGGAUUCAAAUAAUGUGUUGGUUAGAUCUUAUAUGAUGAGAGAUAUUGUUGUUGAAACAAAAACUGGAUUUCUACAACGUAUCAGUGAAUUACAUCCUUCAUACCUUCCUCUUCAAUAUCCAUUGUUGUUUCCAUAUGGAGAUGAUGGUUACAGUGUUGACAUUCUUCAUAGAGGUUUGUCAUUUACGACCAACAGCAAGCGGGCGAAAUGUACAAUGAGAGAAUAUUUCGCUUUUAGAAUUCAAGAUAGAGAUCAUUCGUUCUCGCUCAUUCUUAAUUCAAAAAGAUUGUUUCAACAGUUUCUGGUAAAUGUCUAUACUAUGAUUGAAACUGAGAGAUUGCAUUACAUACGUAGGCAACAACAUGUUCUUAGAUGCGAGUCUUACGAGAAUUUACGUAAGCAAAAAGCUCAAGGAUCCACUAAAGUCUCAAAUGUCGGCCAACGUGUCAUAUUACCUUCAUCCUUUACCGGUGGUGCACGCUAUAUGUUGCAAAACUAUUUGGAUGCCAUGUCACUAUGUAAAUGGUUUGGAUAUCCAGAUUUUUUCAUAACAUUUACGUGUAAUCCCAAAUGGCCAGAGAUUAAAAGGUUUCUUAAGGAUACUUCACUUCAACCAGAAGACAGGCCUGAUAUAUUAUGUAGGUUGUUCAAGAUCAAGCUCGAUGCAUUUAUUAAAGACUUAAGGGAGAAUAAUAUUUUUGGCAAAGUUCAAGCAUAUGUUUAUACCAUUGAAUUUCAAAAAAGAGGUUUGCCGCAUAGUCAUAUAUGCUUAUUUAUGCAUUCUGACAACAAGUUACCCACUGUUGAAUUAAUCGAUCCAAUAAUUUAUGCCGAGAUACCAGACAAAAUUGAAGAGUCUGAAUUGUAUUCACUUGUCAAUGAGUUCAUGAUUCAUGGUACAUGUGGAGCUGAAAAUAUCAAUUGUCCAUGCAUGGUGGAUAAAAAGUGCUCUAAAAACUUUCCCAAACAAUUCUGUCAUCAUUCGUUUGUUGAUGAAAAUGGUUUUCCGUUAUAUAGGAGAAGAAACGAUGGUCAUUUUGUAGAAAAAUCAGGUGUCAAGUUGGAUAAUAGAAAUGUUGUUCCAUACAACAAAUACCUAUUAAAAAGAUAUCAGGCACAUAUUAACGUUGAAUGGUGCAACCAGGGAUCUUCUAUAAAGUAUCUCUUUAAAUACAUAAACAAGGGUCCUGAUAGAGCUACAGUUGCUGUUGUACCAACAAACAAUGAAUGUGAAAAUAAUGAUACGGUCGAUGAAAUAGCUGAAUAUUACGAUUGUAGAUAUUUAUCUGCAUGUGAAGCAUCAUGGAGAAUUUUUUCAUAUAAUGUUCAUUGCAGGUAUCCUUCUAUGGUUAGACUACCUUUUCAUCUUCCUAAUCAACAACAAAUUGUAUAUGGCGAAGACGAUGAUAUCGACGAUGUUCUGGACAAACCUUCUGUUGCUGCUUCAAAGUUCACAGCUUGGAUGGAAUGUAAUGCAAUUAAUAGUGAAGCACGAGAACUUACAUAUGUUGAAUUUCCUACAAAGUUUGUUUGGGUAUUAAAUGAUAGGUAUUGGAAGAGAAGGAAAGUAGGAAAAGCCAUUGGUCGAAUUCAUUCGGUUUCACCUAAUCUUGGUCCGACAUCAUUUGAUGAAAUUCGCACGGUAAAUGGUGAAACAUAUUCUUCUUUUAGAGAUACUUGUUAUGCACUCGGGCUAUUAGAUGAUGACAAAGAAUACAUCGAUGCAAUUAAAGAAGCAAGUCAUUCUGGAUCUGACUUAUCACUCGGUGAAGAUGAAGUUAAGAACUUAACUUUGUUUGAAAUAGAACAAAUUUUACUUCGAAACAACUCCACUCUAAAAAAUUUCACAAAGAUGCCUUACCCAGAUGUUGAAUCACUUUCUUCUUCGAACAAUCGACUUAUCAUUGAGGAGCUAGAUUACGACAUUCCCGUUAUGAAGAAUGAGUUUGAUCAUAUGUUUCUUGCAUUAACAAAUGAGCAACGUAAUAUUUUCCUUAACAUCAUGAGUGUUGUUAAAGAAAAUAAAGGAGGUGUUUUCUUCGUUUAUGGUUAUGGUGGAACGGGUAAAACUUUUCUAUGGAAGACAAUAUCUGCAGCAAUUAGAUCAGACGGUAAUAUUGUUUUAAAUGUUGCUUCAAGCGGUAUUACUUCGUUAUUGUUGCCCGAUGGUAGAAUAGCACACUCUCGAUUUAUACUUCCAUUUGAACUUACAGAGGAUUCUUUUUGUAAAAUAAAUCUAGAUGGUGACUUGGCUAACUUAUUAAGGAAAACCUCUUUGAUAAUUUGGGAUGAAGCACCUAUGAUCCAUAAGCAUGCAUUUGAAGCUUUAGAUCGAACUUUGAAAGAUGUAUUAAGGUGUGGAAAUUCUAGCAUCUCAAAUAUUCCUUUUGGAGGGAAAGUUAUAGUUUUUGGAAGAGAUUUCAGACAGAUUCUACCUGUUGUUCCGGGUGGCAGCAGACAGAAUAUUGUUAAUGCUUCUUUGAGUUCUUCAUAUUUAUGGCAACACUGCAAAGUGUAUAGAUUAACAAAAAAAUGA